AAAUUGACAUUAGUGUCCCUUUCAAUUUCAUAGUACAUCAUUAUUAUUUAUCAAUGUUCCAAUUCGCCAGAUUCAAAAGCCAAUAAAAAGUUUUCCUUGCUGGGUCCUAAAUCUAAGAAAAGAAUAGAAACCAAAAUGGCCAGUCAUAACAUCUGCUUCUUGGUUUCUUCUCUCUUGCUUACAACAUUGUUCCAAAUCCAAACCAAAGUGUUAUGUUACCAAUACAAAGUUGGAGAUCUAGAUGCUUGGGGUAUACCCACCUCAACAAAUUCACAACUCUAUGCCAAAUGGUCCAAAUUUCAUAAUCUCACCCUUGGAGACUCACUUUUAUUUCUAUAUCCACCAAGUCAAGAUUCAGUGAUUCAAGUGACACAAGAAUCUUACAAGAGUUGCAACAUUAAAGAUCCAAUAUUGUAUAUGAACAAUGGAAAUUCUUUGUUUAACAUAACAUCACAUGGUGAUUUCUAUUUCACAAGUGGAGUGGUUGGUCAUUGCCAAAAGAAUCAAAAGAUUCAUAUAUCUAUUGGAGGAAAUGGAAAUGUUGAUGUAGAAGCUAAUAGUCCAACUUCAUUGCCUGCAAAUGCACCCUCUUAUCAAACAGUUUUUGGGAACAUUCCAAUAGCUCCUUCCUCAUCAAAUUCACCUCACCUAGCUUCAACUUUCCAUGUUCUUAUUAUUGGAUCCAUCAUAUCUAUAAUGUUUUUUGCUUUAAUGUAAAAGCUGAGUAAGUUGAGACAUAAAUGUUGUUUAUGAUAUAUCGUAUUAUUUUUUGUUUACUUUGGAUUCUUUUUGUCAAUGAUUUGAAUAUGUAAUUCUUUAUAUGGUUUCAUUUUUUAAAGUUACUUGUUCCUUGAUUAAUUUGGAACAAUUAUAUAUGGUAAAAUUUUCAGCAAAUUGAAAUUUAA